UUUACUAUCAGCAGGCACAGCUGUUUGGUCUAGAAAUGGAGGACAGGCCUCAUCAUCUCCUAAUUAUGAAGGACCCUUACACUCUUUGCAAAGCCGAAUUGAAGAUCGUUUAGAAAGACUGGAUGAUGCUAUUCACGUUCUCCGGAAUCAUGCAGUGGGCCCAUCCACAGCUAUGCCUGGUGGUCAUGGGGACAUGCAUGGAAUCAUUGGACCUUCUCAUAAUGGAGCAAUGGGUGGUCUGGGCUCAGGGUAUGGAACUGGUCUUCUUUCAGCCAACAGACAUUCACUCAUGGUUGGGGCCCAUCGUGAAGACGGUGUGGCCCUGAGAGGCAGCCAUUCUCUCGUGCCAAACCAGGUUCCAGUUCCGCAGCUUCCUGUCCAGUCUGCAACUUCCCCUGAUUUGAACCCGCCCCAGGACCCUUACAGAGGCAUGCCACCAGGAUUGCAGGGCCAGAGCGUCUCCUCUGGCAGUUCUGAGAUCAAAUCGGACGAUGAGGGCGAUGAGAACCUGCAAGACACGAAAUCGUCCGAGGACAAGAAGUUAGAUGACGACAAGAAGGAUAUCAAAUCGAUUACUAGGUCAAGAUCUAGCAAUAAUGAUGACGAGGACCUGACCCCCGAGCAGAAGGCAGAGCGCGAGAAGGAGCGGAGGAUGGCGAACAACGCCCGUGAGCGCCUGCGUGUCCGCGACAUCAACGAGGCUUUCAAGGAGCUCGGCCGCAUGGUGCAGCUCCACCUCAAGAGCGACAAGCCCCAGACCAAGCUCCUGAUCCUCCACCAGGCCGUGGCCGUCAUCCUCAGCCUGGAGCAGCAAGUUCGAGAAAGGAAUCUGAACCCGAAAGCCGCGUGUCUGAAAAGAAGGGAGGAAGAGAAGGUGUCCUCGGAGCCUCCCCCGCUCUCCUUGGCGGGCCCGCACCCUGGAAUGGGAGAUGCGUCGAACCACAUGGGACAGAUGUAAAAGGGUCCAAGCUGCCACAUUGCUUCAUUAAUACAAGAGACCACUUCCUUAACAGCUGUAUUAUCUUAAACCCACAUAAACACUUCUCCUUAACCCCUUUUUUUGUAAUAUAAGACAAGUCUGAGUAGUUAUGAAUCGCAGACGCAAGAGGUUUCAGCAUUCCCAAUUAUCAAAAAACCGAAAAACACACAAAAAAAAAGAAAGAAAAAAGUGCAACUUGAGGGGUGACCCUCUAACAUAUCAUUCAGAAUGUGCAAAGCGGCGUGUGCAGGCUGAGACGCAGCCCAGAGACUGAAUGGCAAUCUUUCCACACUGUGGAACAAUGCAUUUGUGCCUAAACUUCUUUUGGAAAAAAAAAUAUAAUUAAUUUGUAAGUCUGAAAAAAAAUAUUUAAUUUAAAAAAUUGUAAACUUGCAAUAAUGAAAAAGUGUACUUCUGAAGAAAACUACAUGAACGUUUUUGUUGGUAUUCAAGUCAGCUAGUGUUUAUAAUUACUGGAUAUUGAAUAAGGGAAGCUCGGCUGCCCUAGUAACAAAACCAGCAAACGUCCUGAUGACAACGAAGUGAUGACAUUAGCCAUUCCUUAGGGUAGGAGGAACAGAUGGAUCUUAUAGACCUAUGACAAAUAUAUAU